AUGACUAACUACGGCGCGAUCCCGACGUCGUCUGGUGCUUCGCCGCCGGAGGAUCUCGAUUCGAUCUCACGCGCCAAGCAACGUCUCAAAGCCGGACUCGCCACGCGCCGCCCAUGGAGAGUGAUGUUCGAUUACCACUCCGUGGGGCUCCCUCGCGGCGUCUCCGCCGCCUUCUCCAGAAUCAAGACGAACAUCGCCUACUUCCAGACGAAUUACGCGAUCGUCGUCUUGAUCGUCCUCUUCCUCAGCCUUAUCCAGCACCCGAUCUCGCUCAUCGUCUUCACCGUGUUGAUUUUCGUCUGGGUCUUCCUCUAUUUCCUCCGCGACGAGCCUCUCAAGGUGUUCAGUUAUCAGAUCGACGAUCGGACGAUCCUCGCUGUUUUAUCGGUGAUUACCGUCGUUCUACUGUUCUUGACCGGCGCGACGUUCAACAUCAUCGGGGCGUUGUUGGUCGGAGCUGUGCUGGUUUUGAUCCAUGCGGCGUUUAGGACGACGGAGGAUCUCUUCUUGGAUGAAGAGGCGGCGGCGAGUGAGACUUCAGGGCUGACGUCAUACCCGUCGUCUUAA